CUUUUCGAUCCGACGGUCGGCUAUAUAAGUGGCGGUUCCACUAGCCGAAAUCAUCAGUUCAUCUCAAUCGAAUCAAGAACAAAUAUGAAAUUCUUCUCCGUCGUCACCGUCUUCGUACUCGGUCUGCUGGCUGUUGCCAACGCUGUUCCACUGUCGCCCGAUCAAAACCUGAUCAUCAACGGUCCCUGCACUAGUUGCACCAUCAGCAAUGGCAAGUAGGAAGAUUCUUGCCCAUGGAUUGAGAAAACUUCAAACUGAAACACAAUAGUUGUAACCAUUUAUGCUGAAGUCACAAAUUGAAUUUAUAAUGCCAAACAAACAAAUACAUAAAUAGAGAGAAAAAUGCAUUCGCACUAGAAAGGAAAA